AAGUUACUUUAUUCAGUGACUGUGUAACCCUGCAUUUCCCUUCCAAACGCCUGCCGUCUCUAACCCUUUUCUUUCAUUUCUGUGCCAGAUCCUCCAUUCUUUCUUUUCUCUGAUGUCAGGCUAGCAUUUCGCAUUCAAACCAAGUGAAAACCCCCAGCAAUCAUGGCAGACGAUGAAGUGAAGGAUGAGGUUGCGGAAAUUACGCCCUUUGAUCCUACUAAAAAGAAGAAGAAGAAGAAGGUUGUGAUACAGGACUCUGCAGAUGAUUCUGCUGACAAGUUGGCUGAGAAGACUGAAGCAUUGUCGGUUUCCGAUGGGCUUGACUUUACCAGUAUGAAAAAGAAGAAGAAGAAACAAGUAGAGACCAGUACAUUGAAUGAGGAAAGUGGGGAUGCUGGAGACGAUUUUGAUGAUCAUAUUGAUGGGGAUGAAGAAGGUGAUGGCAUUGUCUUGCAACAACGUUAUCCUUGGGAAGGAAGUGAUCGUGAUUAUGAAUAUGAAGAGCUUCUUGGUCGGGUGUUUAACAUCCUCCGGGAGAACAACCCCGAGCUUGCUGGAGAUAGACGUAGAACUGUUAUGAGGCCUCCACAAGUUCUUCGUGAAGGCACCAAGAAAACUGUAUUUGUGAAUUUCAUGGAUCUCUGCAAGACAAUGCAUCGACAACCCGACCAUGUCAUGGCAUUCUUGCUUGCUGAGCUGGGGACAAGUGGAUCACUUGAUGGGCAGCAAAGGUUGGUUGUGAAGGGCAGGUUUGCCCCAAAAAAUUUUGAAGGGAUCCUUCGUCGUUAUAUUAAUGAGUAUGUCAUUUGCCUUGGAUGCAAAAGUCCAGAUACAAUUCUCUCAAAGGAAAAUCGUCUUUUCUUUCUCAGAUGUGAGAAGAUUAGAAGGCCGAUGAUGAUUAAGAAUUGCCGACAUUGUCAGAUGUUCACUCUGAUGACAAUGAAAGUAAAAAAUCUGAGUGUGGGUCUGGACGAUCAGUUGCUCCAAUUAAAGCUGGUUUUGUUGCACGGGUUGGCCGCAGGAAUACUGGCACUUAGACUGUUCGAUUUGGGUCAGAAAGGUGCCCCAAGAAGUUUUAUGAAACCUCGUUUGAAGUUGUAGCAUCAACUGUUACUGUUAUUAUGAGGUUUUGAGUAGAGGUUAAAUAAUUGUAAUUUGUCAUUGUGGGUAAUACGGAUAUCAAAACGAAGGGAUGUAUGUGUUUGGUUUUUCCUCCUAUGAUGAAAGUUUUGAUUUGGUUGCUCAGAAAGUGCUUUAUAAU